CCGCCAUCUUUGUCUGCUGUAUAAACAAGAGGCCGGGGAACCUUAACGAUUUCGACAGUUUUGUGCUGGUUAACGUGUUUUUAAGUGUUUUUUAGUGCUUUAAAAUGUCUGGGGAGAAAGCCGAUAUCAAGAAGGAGAACGCUACGGAUGCCGCAAACAAGGAGGGAGAGGAUGAAACGCCCCAGGGUGGGCGGCAAAGAAAAAGUGGCAGUAAGCGUGUCUCCACAAUUACCCGAUUAGCACAGGAAGGAGAAGCCCUUGUAAAGGACUUAAAUAAGGACGACGCUGGCUCAGAAAACAGGAGAAGAACACGCUCGUCAACACGGGGUGCUGUUGCCACACCGCCCCCUCCGCCGGCGAAGAGAGAAAAGAAGACACCUCCAUCUGGUGGGGGAAGAGGCUCGAAGCGUGGUCGUCCCAAGAGAGAUGCUGACGAGAAAGAGGCUGCUGGUGGAGCUGACGAAGAUGCGGGGGCGCCACCAGAGAAGAAGGUGGCGGAGCAGAAGGAGGAGGGUGACGCAGGCAGUGCCGAAGACAGGGCCGACUCUGGCAAGGAUGCGGCUCCGGCAGAAACCUCUGCUACAGCGCAAGAGGACAAAUCUGAGAAAAUGGAUGUGGACACUCCGAAGGAAGAAUCGGAUACAACGGCGGAAGCAGACAGUGAGAAGAGAGGGGAACAGGCGAAACCUACUGCGGAGACCCCGAGUUCUGCUGAAGCCACUGCAGAAGAGAAACCUACCGAAGGAGAGGAGAAAGACAACGCAGAGGACAAGCCGGCAGCUGCGCCACUGGCAGCACCGGCUGCUCCACCGGUGGAAAACGAUUCGGGCAAGGACGCUGUCACAUCUGCUGAGCCCAAGGAUGCUGCUGCCCCUUCACCUGCCAAGGAGGAGACAACAGCACCGGCACCGUCGGUGACAAACAGCGAACCUCCGAGCCAAAUACCUGCGAGCAGUGACGUGACAGACGAGAAGGAGAGCGACGCUGCACCAGCCGAACCUACGGUAGCGAAAGCUGCUGCGGAGGCCGCAGAUGCCGCGAGCGCACCUGUCGAGAACAACAGCAACGGGACUCCAGAGGCGGCCGCAGCCGGCAAGGACCAGCAACAGCAACAGCAGCAACAGACCACAGUAGUCACCAUCGAGUAGUCAAUGCGACUCCUGUCGUACCUGAUGAAAAUUUUAUAAAAUCCACUUGGUGUAGAGAAGGCCAUAUUUUAAAUACACACUCUAUUAGCUCCUUUUAAUGGGAGCUCUGAGACAGAACUCAAAUUGUCUUAACUAUUGAUAUGCUCCUGCUCCAGUUAUUAGUGUUGUUGCGUGAGUGCAAGAAGAACUGAGGGGUUGUGGGUGAUGUGAAGGAAGCUGGCACUACAGUCAGCUUUAGCUAGUGAUGUAUUGCCUGAACAGGCAGCGACACUUCCUCUUGCAUUGCACAGGAAAAACUCAAGCUGCCACUGUAUCAGUUACUAUAAAAGCAACGCCAAAAGAACACCUGCAAACCACUGCCAGUUUUGGAGCUGUGUUUACAACACAUGACAAAGAUUUUCUUUCAGAUUUGUAAAAUAAAUCUGUAGCCUUAUGGGACAUAAUCUGUGUAUUUACUCGAAGUGAUCAGAAUUUGCCUUAUUGUGAGUUAAACUUUUUUUCAUAUGCGUCUUUAUAAUUGGGAGUGUUUACAUUUGACACUGUGGAAAGCGUGUAUAAUAAAAUAUAAAUGAGAGAAAGCAAAAUAGAUUCAGACUGAUAAUUAAUUACGGGAGCAUUUGUUACCUCUGUGCGGGCAUCAUGCUCAUUUUUAAUGUUUUGUUCAGGACAUGUUACGAGGCACAAAAACUUUUAAAAUGUCCCUUAAGCUUGCACCCAUUGAUUUUAGGUGCAGUCCCUUUUGCAGUUUUUUCCCCACACAUACGUUCAAUAAUGCAAAUGUUGAUGCUCUACAAUUUAGUAUUUUACAUUUCUCUAGUUGCCUAUUUAUAGUGCAGGUGGAACACAAUAUUUCCUUUGGCAGAUGUAUGAGUAUUUUCUUUGGUUCAGGACAAUAGGUACAGAAUGUUGACUUCCGUUUGCAUGGUUUCGUAGCACUGCUGUUGAAAGCAAAAAUGUCAUUUGCUUCAUAAGUUUUAUCGAAGAUGGUCUAUCAAACCAUAUGUAACAGAUUGCAAUGCAUGCGAGUUUACGUUUUUGCCUUAGUUAAUUUUUUUUUUUUUUUUUUUUAGUUCAGGUCUUAAUUUUUGAUGGAAGUGCCUAUUCUUUUCUGGCUUGCUUCACACCACCCUUUUACCUCUCAUUUUUAGUGUUCUUUUGAAAUUUGAGUUUUGUGGUCAGCUGCUCCCAUUUACUCACAAUGAUGGUAUUUAAUUGGAUAAAUUUUGUGUGCAAUUACGAAUAUCAGUUCUCCGUUAGAGCUCUUGUGCUGUUUUAUUUUGGACUUACUAAGCUUGAAGAUACAGUGCAUUUCAAAUAGCCUUCAAGAUUUUUUCCUAAUUUAUGGACUGCAGUGUGUUUGAUUCUGAUGACCUGUGGAAUAAUUCUUUUUCCUGCUUAUUUGCUGAGAAUAUAGUAACCAAUUUUUGUCACCUUCUGGAUUCUGCUUGCCUCGGUGGUGGAGAACCACAGAAACGAAGCAGCACAGGUGACGCGUAACAAAAUAAAAAGAAAUCUGUGACAAGUAAUGUACUAGACGAUAGAAGAGAAACGUGUCAAGAUGCUCUGUACGAAGAAACUGUAUUUUGUAGUGUAUUUUAUCAUCUUUUCUAUACACUUUCCCCUACUCGACAGUGUCUGAUGGUGUCACAUGUGUGACCAGUGUCUCCAGUUAAAAGUGAGAGUGGUGACUCACUGUUGAAAAUCCUUAACAAAGUGAAAUGACCAUCAUUCAGAACAAAUUUUGAUGGGAGCUUGUGCAUCAAACAGCUGCACUGGAAGACAAUCCAGAACCACGGACAGCAGUGUCAACAGAGGAGACAGAAUUAAACUACACAAACAAAAAGCUAUUUCUGCCCAACAAACUGUUUUGUUGUAUAAAAUGUCAAAAAAUAAAAAUUGAUAAUAUGUGAUUGAA